UCGCGACGUGCCACGUGGCUGCCAUCAAAACAAGGGGCGGAUGUAGCGGCAGUGGAGUUUGGCAGCUAAAGGGCGGGGAGCGAAAGUAAGCAGUUGUCACAUUGGCAACAACACUUUUAUUCUCGUCAGGUGCGACGGCGCUGGCUCCUAAAAAUGCUAACUGAGGGGAUUGUGGAAGACGACUUCGACCAAAAUGAAGAUGCGUGGUGCGCUCAACGGAACCUCGAGCACGAUCUCCAUUUGGCCGCCGAGCUGGGCAAAUCCCUUCUGGACCGCAACCGCGAGCUGGAGCAGGCGCUGCAGCAGAUUUACUCCACCAACCAAGAACAGCUGCUGGAAAUAGAGUAUCUGGCCAAGCAAGUGGAGCUGUUGCGUCACAUGAACGACCAGCACACCAAAGUUUAUGAGCAACUGGAUGUGUCCACCAGGGAUCUGGAGCAAGCCAAUAAGAAAUUGGUGCAGGAUGAACGCCUGGCGCAGAAGAAGAUCAACAGUUUGACAGAGUCCAUAGACGGGCUUCAAAUGCAUGUGGAGGGUCUUCAAAAUCAACUGGAAGCACUGACGUCAACCCAGUCAGAGCGAAACAAACAAGAAAAACGACGCAACCUCACCGCACAUAGUGUUUCUUGUCUUAAAGAGCUGUACAACUUGAGGCAUGACAGACCUAUUUUGUCUCUGCUCAGAUGUGUACUCAACGAUAGUCGACAAAUAGAGGGAUUGUGGUCACCGCAGAAAUGCAUCUACGAUCGAGACCCAGAAGACGAGCACGAGGCCCUUCUCGGCUCCGUCCGAACUCUCACCAAUCAAUUAGCCGCAGAGAAAAGUCGUCGGGAGGCGGCGGAAAGCGAGAGCCAGCUGACGGCCGAGGACAAGCGAAGCUUGGAAAGCCGGCUUGUCAUGCUGGCUGGUUGUCGGGACAGGCAGGCGGAGCUGGAGGUCCAGGUGGAGCAGCUCAGGCUCCUGUGGCGCUCCGACUGCGCUAAGAGCAGGAAACCUGUCCAACUACUUCUCCCUGACACGAUAUUCUUCACCUCAGACGACAAAGCCGAAGUGGAUCCCGCUGAGUUGGAGGAGGUUGACCAGAAGUACGCUGAUGAUGAUCACGAGCAGAUGUGCGUGCGGCGAGCGGAGGUGGUAAAGCGGAGGGGUAUCUUGCUGCUGAAUGAGGUGGAUGCACAGUACAGCGCACUGCAGGUGAAAUAUGAUGCACUGCUCCAGAGAUGUCAGCAGGCAAACGUGGGGCUCACCCACAAAUCCGUCCAAACGCCACGCAGCCCGUCUGCCAGCAGCCGUCCACGAGAAUGCACGCUGGUGCCAGAAGAGCCUGAGUACAAAAUCCUCUUCAAGGAGAUCUUCACCUGCAUCCAGAAGACUAAAGAAGACCUGCAUGACAACAAGCUUGUCAGGGACGCUUCUGCCGUGUGAUUGUAUCGUUUCAAAUGUAACUUCGCUUUAUUCUGUCGGCACUGAUUUUUUUAUUUAUUUUUUUAUUUUACUUGAAAUAUUAACAGUAUUGACUCACUCACUGCCAUUGACGGCAAUGAACGUCCAAUUCAUUUUGCGGCAGUCAGUUUUGAGGUUUUAUUUAAUUUUUGCAAAAUUGGCUUCGCCACUACUAGUGUUGACGUUAAAAAGCGUUUCAAUGUGUAGCUGCUAAUCUGCAGGUAUUAGACGCAUGCGUAACAGUUAAAGCUCGCAUGUGUGACUUACGUGCAAAUAAAUCUUGGAAUGUUGUAAUAGGAUGAAAAACUGUCGGCUGAUUGUGAUCAUUAGCGUAUUAAUUUUGCACACUGAGACUUUGGAAAGACGACAAAUGAGCGCUUUGCACUUUUAUUUAUUUUUGGACAUAUUUAAGUUUUGUUGCUCAGUUAGGAGUGAUUGGAAUGAAAUGAUGACGCUUGUGAUUAUCAUCACAAAUGUACUGUAAAUAA